AUGCCACCAGAAAAUAGCGAUGCCAAUGCGCCCAACGACAAGAAGGAGGUCAAGAAGGUAGAGAAGUCGUAUCUAGCUAGCGCCGUAGAUUCUAUCAAUCCAUGGACUACAAAUCGGAGCACCACACCGACUCCGAAAGAUACCGCCCCGAAGACGAGCCAGCCGGUACCUGCUAAGAAAGCUGAGGACCAUAGCACAAACACUCUUUACGGUCAGAGUUUCAGAAGAUAUCCAUUGGACUGUCCACCGUUGAAUGUUAUGUGGUUUCAUGCCGUAGAUGUCCCCAAACGAAAACCGAACUUCCUAAAGACGAAGAAGAAGGAGGAAGACGGAGCCAAGCCAACGCCGCCAAAGAAAUUCGUCGCAUUCUCCAAGAACGAUUCCAGAUCGAUCGAAAAUGCCUACCAGAAACUCUUGGAGGAGCUCGAAGACGAACGAGGCAAGAGUUCGACAAACAAGCAAAUGCGCUCAAGCUCCCAGCGGAGGAGAGCUGUGUCGUCGGAGGAUGAGCCUAAUACCAGCAUUGAUGGGGAGAAUAGUCCACAACAAGGCGGUCUACGAGUCCCGGUUAAUGAAGACUUCUUGUUCGAUGUUGACAUAGAACAACGUGAAUUGGCGCCGGUAUAUUGGUUAGGUCCGAUUUAUGAUGUCCGCCGUGGCACUUGGUUCUAUCAAGAAGGGUCUACGUUACGACCCUGCGAGGAGAACCUGGCAGCUCAGCUCGAGGAAGGUUACUUGAAAAUCAAGCCGUGGACGUAUCCUGCACCAAGCAUCCGCAGUAGCUCUGGAGUACAAGAUGUUACCCCUAAACCAUCCUCGGAAAAUCUGAAGGCAGUCGCCAAGUCGCAAACUGACGGUCCACUUAAGUCUCCUCAGCUCCCAGUGCAACAUCAACCGCAGACUUACCGGCUAUUCGGUACUUACAUGAACAGUAUAGCAACUUAUCAGGACUCGAACACUGCAUGGCUAUCCUCGGAGAGUGUCUUUUCCUGGGUAACGUCGACGGUAUAUCAGAGGUUUGCUGGCGGUGGUUAUAUGAAUGGUGUAAAACUGGUGCGUGGCUACUCGGAGCCUGGAAAGACAAAAGAUGGGAAAAGACCACCUACGCCCCCGACCGCCACUCUACCCCCCGAGAAAGUGGACGACAAGCAAGAGAAGUCUAUCAAGCGAAGAUCUGCUCCGCCUAGUACACGUUCGGGGGAUACUUCAGACCUAGACAACGAAGGUGACGAAAUUAUAACCGAGACUCAGCGUCGAGAGAAUCGCCUAAAGCGGGAAUUUUCAUCAUUUAUCGAGGCUUCUGAUGACCCAGAAAAGCAAGAUGAGCAAAUCCGAAAGCGUGAGGAGCAAGAAAUCCAGGACGACUAUAACGGACAGGACGGAGAAACGCAAGGACGUGACAUCGAGCAUCUUGUUCUUGUUACCCACGGGAUCGGACAGCUUCUAGGACUCCGCAUGGAGAGCGUCAAUUUUGUCCAUGAUGUUAACAUGUUACGAAAAACAAUCAAGGCGGUGUAUGCACACUCGGCAGACUUGAAAACUCUCAAUAAGGAGAAUGAUAACGGACCGGGCAAUUGUAAAAUUCAAGUUCUCCCAGUUUGCUGGAGACAUUUACUAGAUUUCCCCAAGCGACGAGAAAAGAAAGGCGAGACCGACUUGGGUGAUAUCGGAGGUGAAGAGGAUGAAUAUCCUUCUCUGGAAGACAUUACCAUCGAAGGGGUCGCAUUUGCUCGUUCUCUUAUAUCAGACCUCGCUCUGGAUGUUCUACUCUACCAGAGCGCCUACCGAGAACAAAUUGCUGAGAUAGUCCUACAGGAGUCGAACAGGAUCUAUAAGCUCUUCAUGGAACGAAACCCCGACUUCAAAGGCAAGGUUCACAUCAUCGGUCAUUCGUUAGGCUCGGCAAUCAUGUUCGAUAUCCUCUGUAGGCAGAAGGAGAGAAUAAAGCCACCAGAGACUCCCCGUCACCCUCUGCGCUUCUGGCCUUCUCAGGAGCGAUUUGAACCCUCUCAAGAUCCUCGAGACCUUGCCUUCGACUUCGAAGUAGAAGACUUCUACUGCCUCGGCUCGCCGAUUGGGCUUUUCCAAAUGCUCAAAGGGCGUACCAUCGCAGCCAGGAGCAAGCCGAAUGCAGCCCCAUCUGAAAGCUCCCUCAAUGCAGAAGGUGUAGAAGACCCAUUUCUCUCUUCCAUUGCAUCAGAUCAACGCAUCUCAGCCAUUACGGGUCACCCAUUCUCGGUAUCAUCGCCAAAGACAGGACAAUUGUUCAAUAUUUUCCAUCCUUCUGAUCCGAUCUCUUACCGCCUAGAGCCGCUAAUCUCGCCAGCCAUGUCGUCCCUCAAACCACAACUCUUACCCUAUACCAAAAAGGGUAUAUUUGGUGCCGUAGCCCCACAAGGAUUGUCAGGUCUCGGCGUCAAAGUAGGCCAGAGCGUGAGCGGACUUUGGUCUAGUUUCAGCGCCGGUAUCGCCAGCAGUAUCCUUAACCGCAGCCUUGGGUUGAGCAACGAGGACGUUGCGAACUUUAACGCCGCAAACAGCAAUAACAAUCCCUCACAGACAAUUACUCCAGGAGCCGGUACCAAUAUCGUUUCCGGCAGCGUGAUCUCUGAUACCAACGCGCAGUCCGAGAAGACUGACGCGCGGAAGAGGGCGCUGGCCCGCCAGAACUCAUCCAACGGGCCAGGUGGUAAUUCUAGCUACGACGCAACGCUCAUCGACGAUGAUCUCGAGACGCUAUACUCCCGGUUUCAGAAGAAGCGUAUCGAGGAGCAUAAGAACAGCGCCAGUCGCGCUGAGGAGGGCCAAGAGCUUGGUGAGGCGUGGGCGGCCGAGGAGCAAAAGGCGCUGAAACUGCGCAGGGAGGAAGCAAAAGUGCGCGCCCUGAACCGAAAUGGCAGGGUUGAUUACAGCAUUCAGGAAAGCGCACUUGACUUCAACCCUAUCAAUACUAUCGCCUCGCACAUGAGCUACUGGCAGGACGAAGACGUCAGUCAUUUCAUGAUCUCGCAGCUCUUAUCCCGAAAGAAAGAAGACGAGAAGCAAAAAGGAGACCAAGUUCUUCUUCGCAUUUAA